GUGAUCUUCAUGCUGUCCAUGAGAGAAUCACUUUGGCAUUAGAGAAUCAACAUCAAGAAAUUCAAAUCAUGAUCUCUCAGGAGAGAAUUCAGAUUCCUCAAGCUCAAAACAAUACAUUUUAUGCACAG